GGGGAACAAGCUCGUGGGAGUGGGAUGCGCAUCAUUUUCCUCUGAUUUGGCCUCGUCGUUGUUGACGGCGCAUUACCACCGAAAUCAUGGCGUCAAAGAUGGCAUUUAAGACGACCUUUGAGCCCGAGAAGGUCAUCCAGCCCAUUUUCACUGGCGGCGCUGUCGCAUUGGACAACAAAGCACGGAUAUUGGCGUCGACGCUCGGAGAGGAGGCCGUCCUAACCGACAUCACCACGGGCAGGCAUUUUGCUACCAUUGAAGGGGAUGGCGAGCCUAUAUCCACACUGAUCCUCACGCCCUCGGUAUCACACCUCAUAAUAUGUUCGCGGUCACUCACCAUGAAAAUCUAUGCCCUCCGGCUGUCGCCUGACCACGAAUCGAUCGAGACGACGCUUGUGCGCACCCUGAAACCCCACGGUACCCCCGUUGUGGUUCUCGCCGUGGACCGGACCAGCACCCUGCUUGCGACGGGCGCCGCCGACGGUGCCAUAAAGAUCUGGGACAUUGCUGGUGGUUACGUUACGCACACGUUCCGCGGGCCGAGCGUCCUCGUCUCCGCCCUUCACUUCUUCGAGCUGGCCGCGGACGAGUCGAAACCCGAUUUUGGUGGCAGAGGCAAGAGCAAAAAGAACAAAAAGGGGCAGGCGGCGGCGGAGGCCAGCCAGGAGUCCGGCGCCGCGACAUUGGACUUCCGUCUCGCUUCCGGCAGCCAAGAUGGCCGAGUGCGUAUCUGGGACCUGCACAAGCGCGCUGCUGUCGGCGACCUGGAGUCGCACGUCUCUGACGUCACAGGGAUAGACUAUUCGCCGAGACAAAACUGCCUUGUCACGGCGAGUCGCGACAAGACUAUAACAUGGUGGGACCCAAAGAGCUGGAAAUCUCGCAAGAUCGUGCCGAGCUUGGAGCUGGUCGAGGCCACGGGGUUCCUUGAUGACGGUCGGCUGACUUACUCGGCCGGUGGGAACGGCUGCGUCCGGCUGUGGGAGACGGAAACCGGCCGAGAGGUCACACGGGAGCAGCCCGCUAGGUCCGAAGGAGAGGCGUUCGUCAACGCGCUCUAUUGUCCUGAUCAGUCACUUCUUGUCUCGGUGCAGUCCGACCACACGCUCGUUCUCUACCAGACCCCGACCGUCGAAUCAGUUACAAUACCAGAGAUGGAGCCCCUGCAGCUGUUCCGUCGCAUAUCGGGAACCCACGAUGAUAUUAUAGACUUGGGCUACCUCCUUCCAGAUCGGUCCCUGAUGGCUCUGGCGACGAACUCGGAGGAUGUCAGAAUCGUCUCUGUCGCCGACGCCACCGAGGGCUCCGGGUACUUCGGGCAGGACGUGACUGUCCUAAAGGGCCACCAAGACAUUGUGAUUGCCCUUGAUACGGACUGGUCGGGGCACUGGAUAGCCACUGGAGCCAAGGAUAACACGGCCCGGCUUUGGAGGAUCGACCCUGCCAAUAACUCGUACGAUUGCUACGCAACCUUCGCUGGCCACGCCGAGUCCCUUGGGGCCGUUGGACUACCCAAGACUAUACCACCGGCAUCUUCGGCGGCAUACGCCGAUCCCCUAAACCAUCCUCCGCCCUUCCUCAUCACCGGCUCCCAAGAUCUCACUGUGAAAAAGUGGGAAAUUGCCAGGACGGCUCAGCAGGGAACCAAGAAGGCCUCAAGGGCAGUCUUUACCAGAAAGGCCCACGACAAGGACAUAAACGCCGUCGACAUCAACAAUGCUGGCCAACUUUUUGCAUCCGCGUCUCAGGAUAAGGUUGUCAAGAUCUGGAGCGUACAGGAGGGUGAGGUUCAAGGUAUACUCAAAGGUCACCGCAGGGGUGUCUGGUCGGUCAGGUUUGCGCCGGCCGACAUGCCGAUCCUCCAGGGCGAGGACGGCACCACAGCGGCUGGCAAGGGCAUUGUCCUGACAGGCAGCGGUGACAAGACCAUCAAGAUAUGGAGCCUGUCGAGCUAUACUUGCCUGCGGACCUUUGAAGGCCACUCCAACAGUGUUCUAAAGGUGAUCUGGUUGCCCCUCGCCGGAGCUUCACAGGGAGACGCGGCAAAGAAGCGGCCUGUCCAGUUUGCCAGCGCCGGCGGCGACGGCCUGGUCAAGGUAUGGGAUGCCAACUCGGGCGAGGCGGUCUGCACACUUGACAACCACACAGACCGCAUCUGGGCAUUGGCCGUCAACCCUGGUAGUGGCAACGGCAACGGCGAGGGGGAAGCGCCGGGCGAUGACUCGACACUCACGGCGGUCCUGGCCUCAGGCUCUGGGGACUCGACCGUCACCUUCUGGCGCGACACGUCGACCACGACGCAGCUGGCGGCGGCGCGCGCCGCCGACGAGCUGGUGGAGCAGGAGCAGCGGCUCGAGAACCACGUGCGCGCGGGCCACUACCGCGACGCCAUCGUGCUGGCCCUGCAGCUCAACCACCCUGGCCGGCUGCUCUCGCUGCUCACGACGGUCGUGCGGGCCGAGGACCCGGACGAGGGCAGCCUGACGGGCCGCGCCGCCGUCGACGACGUCCUGGCCACCCUGGCCGACGACCAGCUCUCGACGCUGCUGCUGCGCCUGCGCGACUGGAACGCAAACGCCCGCACCGCCCCCGUCGCCCAGCGCGUGCUCGCCGCCGUCGUCCGCAGCUACCCGGCCUCGCGCCUGGCGGGGCUGGCCGUCGGGAGGCGCCGCGUCGCCGGUGCCGGUGCCGCUGGCGGCAUUGGCGACGUCCUGGACGCGCUCAGGGCCUACACGGAGCGCCACUACCGCCGCAUGGAGGAGCUGGUCGACGAGAGCUACCUGGUCGAGUACACCCUGCAUGAGAUGGACAGCCUGGCGCCGCCGGCCGAGGCCGAGCCUGACAGGAAUAUGAUUGAGGGAUCUCAGGAUGUUGUCAUGCUUGAGUCAUGAGGAGGGCAUUUCGCUUUGGCCAUUUUUUUUUUUUUUCAUUAGAUGUACAUCAGCAUGAGCAGCUCAGCUUUGGCGUAAUUUCAUUUCCAGUCGUCCUGUCUAUUCACAGUCUCUCAGAAGCUCGAUUGAGUGAUAUUUUUUCUAUGGCAGUCCUUAGUCACGCGAAUGCUUAGAUAGGAUGUACCAAAAAAGAUAUAGAUUCAUAUCAAAAGAGUACCUAAUCAAAUCACCUAAUGCCCCAACUCCACCCACGACCCCAAAUAGCUACGGCUGUAGGAUUAUGUAUAAAACCAAAACAAGGAGACAAC